GAGAAUGCCAAGGAAAUGGCAUGGAGAAGUGCGCGGACGGUGAGCAAUGUUUCCACGCCUCCUUUGUAUGUUCUGGAGAUACAAAAUGUAACGAUGGGUCAGAUCAAACAAACUGCUCAGAGAGAGAAUGCCAAGGAAAUGAUACGGAGAAGUGCGCGGACGGUGAGCAAUGUAUACAUGUGGAUGGCAGAUGUGAUGGUGAUACGGAUUGUUACGAUGGAUCAGAUGAAACAAACUGCUCAGAGCUAGGAUCAUCUUCUUUCCCUUUUUCUCCUUCUUGGACGACCUCUUUCUUGGACGACCCCCAAGAUCCGGGUGUUACUUUACCUUAUUUGACGACAACUUCUCCGAGUUAUACGACAUGGUCAAUAACUUAUUCUAGUGAGAGUUACUCCCGAGAUGGAUCAGUGUACUGCCCAAAAGGAUAUUGGAAGUGCUCGAACGGUUGGCAAUGUAUUAAGGAUAGCUGGAGAUGUGAUGUUUAUACCCAUUGUUACGAUGGAUCAGAUGAAACAAACUGCCCAGAGCCAGCUAUAGACGGAUCAGAGUGCAGAUAUGGAUAUUGGGGGUGCUCGAACGGCGUGCAAUGUAUUAAGGAUAGCUGGCGAUGUGAUGGUUAUACGAGUUGUAUCGAUGGAUCAGAUGAAACAAACUGCCCAGUGUCAGGACCUGCUUCUCAGCGCGUCCCUCUAACUUCUCCAACUCGUGCUGCUGUGGAGAAAGACUCCCAAGAUACUGAUAGCUCAGCUAAGACACAGACUGCUUUGACGACCGUUGGCAUUGUAAUAGCGGCUCUAUUAUUCGUCACUCUCGUCAGUCGUCACUCUGCUUGUUUGUCUUUGUAAAAAAGGAUCAAGACAGCAUGAGAUGGAACAACCCACAGAAUGUCCCAUCAUGACCAAUUCACCCCCACCAAUUCUUGUUCCAGUGCAACUGCAGCAAGCUAUAAAUGUGCGAGAGGAGCCGUUGUCUCUAAAUCCAACUCUGUCUAAUGUUGUUGUGAAUAAUAAGCAAUAUGUUCCAAAUUAUGAAGUUUUGAUGGGUUAUCCUGCGGCCGUGGUCUGAGGGCUCUUGCUAAAUAGCUAAAUCACUCGCCCAAAUCAUGAUGACUAUAGUAACAACUUUUACGCGUCUCCUACCUUCUAUAUAUGCACGUUGGUUAUUUGUGAUAUGUUUAGCGCUUACUAUAUAUAAUAUAGAGUAGAUAUGAGCAAUCAGGACUAAUAUUGUCUUCUCAAAAUGUUAUAAAACACGGCUCGAUUAGCACUAUAUCAUAUUAUUCUAUUGUACUUUUUGUCUUUUGAAGUUGCUGACUGAACCUGAGAUAACAACUUACUGUAAUGCUUAUUUCAAUAUGAUACACACUAUACACUAUACACACUAUAAUACAUUGCUAUUUUUCUGAUUAUAACAUCUUUUGAGGUUGCUGAGUAAUGCUUAAUUCAAUAUGAUACACACUAUAAUACAUUGCUAUUUUUCUGAUUAUAACAUCUUUUGAGGUUGCUGAGUAAUGCUUAUUUCAAUAUGCUAUA